AUGUCUGCUAACUCUAUUUGGUGGAAAGACGCCUCGGUGUACCAGAUCUGGCCUGCUUCCUACAAGGAUUCGAACGGCGACGGAUUUGGCGACAUUCCUGGUAUUAUUUCGACUUUGGACUACGUGAAGAAUUUGGGAGUUGAUGUCAUUUGGUUGUCACCAAUGUACGACUCUCCCCAGGACGACAUGGGCUACGACAUCUCAGACUACGAGAGUGUGUACCCAAAGUACGGAACCUUGGAGGACAUGGAUACCUUGAUCUCGGAGGUGCACUCCCGUGGAAUGAAGUUGAUUUUAGACUUGGUGAUCAAUCACACCUCUUCUGAACACAAGUGGUUCCAGGAAUCCCGGUCGUCUAAGACCAGUCCUAAAAGAGAUUGGUACAUCUGGAGGCCAGCAAAAUACGAUGACCAGGGAAACAGACAUCCUCCCAAUAAUUGGCUUUCUUAUUUUUCUGGCUCUGCUUGGGAAUACGAUGAGCUCACCGACGAGUACUACUUGUGUUUGUUUGCGCUGACCCAGCCAGAUCUCAACUGGGAAAACGAGGAGACCAGAAAUGCAAUUUAUGAGUCUGCCUUGAGCUUUUGGUUUGAGAAAGGCAUCGAUGGCUUUAGAAUUGACACUGCCGGAAUGUAUUCGAAAGUGCAGACUUUUGAAGAUGCGCCAUUUGUUUUUCCAGAUCAGGAAUGGCAGCCAUGUCAAGCGUUCCACCAGAGCGGACCACGGAUUCAUGAAUUCCACAAAGAAAUGUUCAGCAAAGUUACAUCCAAAUAUGAUGCCAUGACCGUGGGGGAGGUUGGGCAUGCGCCUCGUGAGGAUGCGUUGAAAUACGUCAGUGCCAAAGAAAAAGAGAUGAACAUGAUGUUCUUAUUCGACGUUGUUGAGGUUGGCUGCAACCCAUCCGACAGGUUCCGCUAUGACGGCUACAAGCUCAUUGAUUUCAAGAAAGCCGUGUUCAACAUGUCUUCUUUCACCGAGGGCACGGACGCCUGGUCCACGUGCUUCUUCGAGAACCACGAUCAGCCCAGAGCAAUCACACGUUUUGGAAACGACAGCCCGAAGUUCAGACUGAAGAGUGGCAAAAUGUUGGCCACAUUGCUCACGGCUUUGACCGGUACCUUGUUUAUCUACCAGGGCCAAGAAAUUGGCAUGACCAACAUUCCUAAGGAAUGGGACAUCAAGGAAUACUUGGACAUCAAUACCAUUAACUAUUACGAGCAAUACACUGCCAUAAACGGCAACAAGAACCUCGACAAGUUGUUGAAGGACAUCAAUUUGGUGGCCAGAGACAAUGCCAGAACACCAGUUCAAUGGGAUGACUCGGAAAAUGGUGGUUUUUCCACAGGCAAGCCAUGGAUGAGAGUCAAUGACAACUACAAGGAGGUCAAUGCGGCAUCUCAAGUCAACAAUCCCGAAUCUUUGUACAAUUUCUACAGGAAGGCAUUGCAGGUUAGAAAGACCCACAAGGAUGUUUUGAUUUACGGGUCUCUUGAGAUUUUGGAUCUCGACAACGAGAAUGUCUUUUCGUUCUAUAAGAAGGCUGGAAAUAAAACUGCAUACGUGGUAUUGAACUUUACUAAGGAGCCAAUCGAUUUUACGCCUGCGGUAAAAGGAGAGUUGGUGCUUACUAACGAGAAAGAUUUCAAAGAAAAAGUCUUGUCUCCUUACGAGAGCAGAGUCUACAUCGUUUAA